UUCGGCCUGCCUCUCUUGCUCUUGUAAAAACGCAGUCGACCGUCUUUGCUAGGGGAACGAAACCAGUACUAGCCACUGUCGUUCACGAGGAAGGAGUUAUCUGUAGAGUAAGUAUGCUAAUACUGAAUAAGACAGCAGGAGUUUUUUCUAAACCAUCAAGAAGGAAACCUUAUGAAUUUUUAAGAAGUUUUAAUUUUUAUCCUGGAAAACUGUUUCUUCAUAAACUAGUAUUGGGAAUUGAAACCAGUUGUGAUGAUACAGCAGCUGCCGUGGUGGAUGAAACUGGAAAUGUUUUGGGAGAAGCAAUACACUCCCAAACUGAAGUUCAUUUAAAAACAGGUGGGAUUGUUCCUCCAGUAGCUCAGCAACUUCACAGAGAAAAUAUUCAACGAAUAGUGCAAGAAGCUCUCUCUGCCAGUAAAGUCUCUCCAAGUGAACUCUCAGCAAUUGCAACUACUGUAAAACCAGGACUUGCUUUAAGCUUGGGAGUAGGCUUAUCAUUUAGCUUACAACUAGUACACCAGUUAAAAAAACCUUUCAUUCCCAUUCAUCAUAUGGAGGCUCAUGCACUUACUAUUAGGUUGUUAAAUAAAGUAGAAUUUCCCUUUUUAGUUCUUUUGAUUUCUGGAGGUCAUUGUCUAUUGGCAUUAGUUAGAGGAGUUUCAGAUUUUCUGCUUCUGGGAAAGUCUUUGGACAUAGCACCAGGUGACAUGCUUGACAAGGUAGCAAGAAGACUGUCUUUGAUAAAACAUCCAGAGUGCUCCACCAUGAGUGGUGGGAAGGCUAUAGAACAUUUGGCCAAACAAGGAAAUAAACUGCAUUUUGAUAUCAAACCUCCCAUGCAACGAGCUAAAAAUUGUGAUUUUUCUUUCUCUGGACUUCAGCAUGUUAUUGAUAAGAUAAUAAUGCAAAAGGAAAAAGAGGAAGGGAUCCAGAAGGGGCAAAUCCUGUCUUCAGCUGCACACAUUGCUGCUGCGGUACAGCACACCAUAGCAUGCCACAUUGCAAAAAGAACUCACCGUGCCAUUCUGUUUUGCAAGCAGAGACACUUGUUAUCUCAAAGUAAUGCAGUACUGGUUGUAUCUGGAGGCGUUGCAAGUAACUUAUACAUCCGAAAAGCUCUGGAAAUUGUAACAAAUGCAACACAGUGCACUUUGCUGUGCCCUCCUCCCAGACUGUGCACUGACAAUGGCAUUAUGAUUGCAUGGAAUGGUAUUGAAAGAUUGCGUGCUGGCGUGGGCGUUUUACACAACACAGAAGGCAUCCGCUAUGAACCCAAAUGUCCUCUUGGAGUAGAUAUAUCCGAAGAAGUUGGAGAAGCUGCCAUAAAAGUACCACGGUUAAAGAUGGAGAUUUGAUUUUUGCUUUUGAAAAAAAUCCCUAAAGGUAGUAUUUCAACAUUAAGUUGUGAUUUUUUUUAUAUUUCAAAUUGUGGAAGAAACAUAGUAUUAAUUGUUCAUCAAGACUUUCUUUUGUUUUUAUGUUUGAUGUUUCCCCUGCUCUUCUGAGAGACUAUAAUAAUAUGUUAUAGUUUUAUAAGGAAGUGUAGAUUUGUUUAUUAUCAAAAUUAAAGUAAAACAUCUUGUGGGGGAAAAGAAAGUACUGAUAUUGGCAGGUAGAAAGAAAACCUUGGAAGAUAUACAGUGAAUCUGCUAAAUCCUGGCUCCAUUUUAAAAAGGCCUAGACCUUUUUCUCUUUUUCUCGUAUCAGGAUUGUAAGAGCUGUUUUUUUAGAUUAUAUUCUAUAUAUUUUAUUAAAUUUAUUUAUUUUUAAUUGAAUUAUAGUUGACAUACAAUAUUAUAUUAAUUUGAGGUGUACAACAUAGUGAUCCAACAUUUAUAUGUAUUACGACACCACGAUAAGUAAAGUUAUUAGUGUUAUUGACUAUAUUCCCUCUGCUAUAGUUUUCAUCCCCUGACUUAUUUUAUAACUGGAAGUUUGUACUUCUUAAUCCCCUUCACUUAUUUCUCUUACACCCCUCCACCUACCUCCCCCUGGGAAACUGGUGGUUAUCAGCAGAAGCUAUUUUUUUAGCUCCUUUUGAAACAUUAGCCUAACUUUUAUAAUGAGAGAGCAAGUUUAGAAAGGUAGCCAGGUCAAAGUCAUGUCAAAUCAGAGAACUCUAAAUGAAGAGUGACUGUCUCUAACAGAAUGCAUGUUAUUAAUUAUAAAAAUAUAUGUUACUGGGUGUCAUCUUCCCUGGAGCAAUUGGGAUGUCUAUACAUUUCUUAAAAUCCAUCUGAGAUUUUAAGAAAUAGGACAGGCAAGUAAUCCUUCAAGUGUGUAUUGUACUUUUUAGUUGGCCACGUAUGUUUACAUCCAUUAUUUUAGAAAUUGUAUUUAAUCAAUGAAAAUAUAUGAGAUGUGAAGGUUUUUGGCUUUGUGUUUGGAUAAUUUCCUUUGAAUCUGAAGCUUUAUACCCGUUUAUCACUUUUUUUUCUGCCUAAAGUAACUGAAUGUAUUGUCCUUUGAAUAUAAAAACAAUGCUACUGACUUUAAUGUCCUUUGAGAGAUUUUACCAGUAAAGAGUU